CAGUGCGGCGAUCGCUCGUCUCAGCGUGCCGGAAGUCUAACUAAAUAGCGAAUAUAUUACACCAGAUAUUAUAAUAUAAUAUUCCAGAAGUACUCUAAGAACAUUCCAGGAAAAACCCGGUAAAACCCCAUAGAAACACCAUCGAUAGUCCCAUCAUGGGCUAUGGCAAUGGAUCACUCUUGAUGAUCCUGCUCUCCGGAAUUUUGAUCCUUGAACUCCUUUGGACAGUGGAGGCCUCACUGUAUACCAGACAGAAUAGUAAUGCUCAUCAGACCAGGAGGCGGUCCAGGCCCAGCAAUCGAUGUCCCCAGGUUGGUGCCAUUAAGAACUUUGAUCUGGAACGUAUGAUGGGCUGUUGGCAUGUGGUCCAGUACUAUGCUUCCACAGAGGAACUUCCGGAAUAUGCUUGUAUGCGCAGUCACUUCACCUUCUCCAAGGAGGAUCAGCAUAUAACCAUGAAUUUCAGCUACAUCUUUGCGGAGGACCCGCUACGUGAGAAGCUGGUGGGCAAUAUCACCUGGAUGAUACCAAAGUUCGAGGAGCCGGGUCACUGGCAGCACACCGAGGAUAUAUAUGAGGGCGUCUACAACACAUACGUGCUGGACACGGACUACGACACCUGGGGCCUGGUGAUGCACUGCGCCGAAAAGAAAAAGCAUCCACGGUACCUGUCCGCUUUGCUUUUGGCCCGAAAACCGUCGCUGGCCGACAAUGAGAUAAGCUUUUUGCGUGGCAAGCUGCCGCAGGACAUUGACAAGUCGUUUAUGUUCGAUAUUGGCCAGGGAUCGUGCGACAACCUGAUGGAGUCCAGCCAGGACGAUCCGUUGGCAUACGUGGUAAACGGUCGCCAGAAUGGCAGGGAUAUAUUUAAGCUGGUCAAUAAGCUGGGACGGUAAAAUACCUGCUAAAAUAAAUAAAUAUCUAUUAAAAAGUAUGUCGCAACAUUUCAAUUUAUCCAUAUAAUUAUUAUAUAUAUUUACCUUUAUCAGGCAAAAUAAUGCUGAAUCCACA